AUGACGGAUUCUGUUGUCGUGGAAGGAUACGCCAGACUCCGAGAUGGAAAAAAGUGGAAAACUAGGUGGCUGGUUCUUCGCAAGCCGUCGCCUGUAGCAGACUGCCUCGUGCUUCUGGUUUUUAAAGACAAGUCGGACAAAGCGCAGGGCAACAGGGAGAGGGCCAGUGUCACCUUGGAGGAGAUCUGCGGUCUGGAGGCGGGACAGUGGUAUGAAGGCGUGGCGUUCACUCUGACCAUCCUUUGCCUGAACCAGGUCGCUCUACUGGGCUUCGACAGCAAGGAGGCCCUGCAGGCGUGGGACGCCCGCCUACGCUACAGCCUCGGCGAAGUUCAUAGAUUCAGCGUUGGAGUCUUACCAGGGACCAAGUUGGAGAGUGGACCCGCAACUCUUCAUCUGUGCAACAACCUACUGGCUCUCGCCAGGGAUGUCCCUCCUGUUAUUAUUGGCCACUGGAACCUUCCAGACCUGCGCAGAUAUGGGCCUGUACCCAAUGGAUUUGUGUUCGAGGGAGGAUCAAGAUGUGGUUACUGGGCCGGUGUUUUCUUGCUCGCAUCUGCUGAGAGCGAGCAGAUCAGCUUUCUAUUCGACUGCAAUGUCAGAGGCAUCUCCCCCAACAGAGGCCCUUUUGGACUGCGGCCAGUUUUGCCAGACCCCAGCGCCAGUCGGACGAAUUCGGAGGAGAGGUUGAACCACGAGGCCCAGGAGCUGGAGAAACGACUGAGCAUGCUCUCUCACAGGAGCAGCACAGUCUCGUCCUCAUACUGCCCGUCUGCUGGCGGCGACGACCGCAGCAUAUCCGGCUCCUCUGACACGUCAGACAACAGCCAAUCAGACUGCAGCAUUGGCAGCCGAAUGGCCAUUUGGACUGAGCCGACCUCCAACCCAUCUGACAGCAUCAGUCAUGUUGGAGCUAAAGUGUCGUUACCGAGCAUCGGGAAGCUCUCCGUCAACCAGGGAGGUGGAAACCGGCCUGUUGUCAAGCCCCCCCGGCAGCUCCAGGAGAUCGGCCGUCAGAGCUCGGCUGACAGCGGCAUCGCCACCGGCAGCCAUUCCUCUUACUCUGGAAGUUUCUCCUCCUACACAGGCAGCCUGGAUAUCACCCCCGGGGAGGACUUUGGGUCCGUUUUCAGCUUGCCUCCCCACUUGGCUCAAGACCUGAGCCCGUGUACUUGCACCACUGUCUCUGGACAUGAAUACCAAGUACCAACAUCACUUAGGUAUCUCUAUGAUAGCCCCAAGAGUCUGAUACAGGAGGGAAGUGGGGAUACCAAAGACAAUGAACCCUCCGUCUCAAUAAAGGACACUCCUUCAUCUUCAGGCCUCAAAACAGACUCAGCACAGGAGGAUAAAAGCAGCGCCAUGACCUCUGGUGACCACUCAGAAACCACUGAUAGACAUUCAACGAGUGAACACUUACAAAUACCCUCAGAGGAGGGUAAGAAAGACAAGUUGGCCCUUAGUGAACUCACAGACUCUCUCACAUCCUUCCCCAAAACCAUUGUGACGAUCUGCUCAGUUUGUGGUGGAUUUAAGGGGACGCCAUGCAUCCCUGCAAGUGGUUCAGCAAUACCUGCCAUACCAGAUUCAGAGCAAGACAAAAGAGCUGUCAUUUACGAAAACUGUUUAAAGUGUCGAGGAGAGCACUGCCAUCCUCCUCCACGGGUCGCACCUGCUGAUAUGAACCGCCACAGGAACGUUUCCAUUUUACAAACCUUUCCAACUGGGCUGCACAUAAAGAAAAACCAAGAACAUGAAGCGGCUGUAAAUGAGGACCCGCUCUACCAAGCUCCCAGUGAUGGAUCACAGAGCGUGGUUCUGCAGUGUCAGUAUGAAGAGAUGAAUGGUCCAACAGUGACCAGUGAAGACAAAAGGCUUAAUAGUAAAGAGGAAAGACGCAGAGCUGAUCCUUCUUAUGAGAUCAUGGAGAGUCGGACGCCGGAGAAGAACUCAGAGGCAGAAGAAAAAAGCAAGUACGAGCUGAUGGGCAGCUGUGGUCAGCAGAGGUUCCUUCAAGAGACUCAAGGGGCAGUGUUCGUUUUCCCCCCAGAGGCACCGCUCCUUGAAAGACCUCGCAGCGAAGGUGUGACGUACGUGAAUAUUCCUGUUAGUCCCACAUCCAAGAAGCAGCUCAACUACAUGGAGCUGGAGCUUCAGGAGCCAGGUCCUGGCCCCCGAGGGACUAGCUCCACCAAGUACGCCCACAUUGACAUCACCGCUACAGAGACGGCCCAUAAAGUCGGCACGCAGCAUGCCCUGGGACGCCAGGAGGGCCUGCACACUCUGGAGCUGAGGAGAAAGGGGACGCCACAUUGA